AUGAAGCCUAGAUCUAAGAGUCCCAAAUGGGUUUGGCGAAAGAUCGACAAGCAACCAGAGGAAGCUCGCCGGCUCACCCCUUUUUCCUCCGAUUCAGGUGUAGAGGAAGUUUUCAAUGUCUCUACCGUCGCCCUGGCCGAUGCCACUGUGUCCUCCAAGCUGGUCGAUGGAAACUCUGCCAAGGCUGCCACGAUACCCCCACAUGACGUCAGCAAUGACCAUAUCCUUUCUAACCUUCGGAAAACUUCACCUGUUGUAGGCUCAAUCCCAAAUCUGCCUACUCAGCAAUUGGGCCUUAUCACCAAAUCACCUCUACAAGAACAAUUGGGCCCUCGUAAACACAACAUAAAAUCCUAUCCCAGGCAUUACAGUGUUGUACGAAAGGGCACUAAAAUUCAAACACUCUCCACAAAGAGACGCCUCUCUGUUUUUACAGUACAUCGCUGGAAAGGAUUUCGAUCAAUGAAUGGAGAUCGUCUGUUUCGUCGUAUUUCAUUUCUAAGAAGCACCUUGGAUAUUCAUUAUCUUCCUGGCAAGCGUUAUCUACCUAGAACCAUGGCCUUAAUGCCUAUUCAUAAGCGGGCACGAGCCUCUCCUCUUAUUUGGCGGAAACCUGGCAUUGCACUUCCUUCCCCUGGAUCUUGCUUGCAAAAAUGGUUAGAGUCAUCAGAAUUCUCUUCUAUGGAGGUAAUUCCUCCGCGGCUUACUGCGGGUGGCUUAGCAAUUGCAUGGUCUUCCACUGUACAAUUAGAAGUUGUUGUGACAAGUCAAUCUUUUGUGUGUUGUAAAAUAGUUGAAUGUAAUGGUUUAGUUUGGCUGUUAGUUUGUAUGUAUGGUCCCCCUAAUGCUGUCAAUAGAUCUUCUGUGUGGCAGCAACUGAACGAUACUAUCUCUGCCCUUGAUUAUCUGAUUUUGUUCGCCGGUGAUUUCAACCAAAUCCUAUCUCCCAAUGAUAAAUGUGAGGGACGUCCUUUCCAGUCCCCUCAGGCAUCUUCCCUACGCAAAAUUGCUGGCUUUCGUACCGACUCCCUAUCCGUCAUUGGUCGUGUUGUUCUUGCACGACAUGUUCUAAGUUCCCUUCCUCAAUACGCCAUGGGAAUCUUUAACCUUCCAGUGGCAGUUACUAAGUCCAUUGACAAGCUCCUUGCACAUUUAUUUGGAACGGGGACUAAGACGGUAACAAAAUACACUGGCGAGCCUGGUCAACUCUCUGCAAAUCCCGUUUUCAUGGAGCAUGACCAAGGGGGUGUCAACAUGGUGAAAUCGGCGUAUCACCAAGCUUGUGCUCUUAAGGAUGCAGCCAUGAACACACUGUCCACUUCAAAUGGACCGGUAAUUGUCCCUACAGCUGUAUGGAAAAAACUAUGGACAUCGGCGCUUCCCGAUCACAUUAAAUUUUUCAUUUGGCAUGGUCUAAGUGACACCUGUCCGAUGAUGCAGGCAUUAGCUCAUAGGGGAUUGACUGUAGCUCCACUUUGUCUGCGAUGUGAUCACAAUUGGGAAAUUUUGGAUGAUGCGGAGGAAUUGUCACUUCCGCAGAUAGUUCAGCAGGCUGUUCGAAAAAGUCAGCUAUAUAGACCAAUAAAGUCGCUGCCGCCUCCAAUUCUGGAUGAAUGUGAAGAGAUUCCAUGUUGUCUUGAGACAAUCCCCACAUUGCGAUUUGAUGGAGCUUUCAACCCUCAGUCUCACUCUGCCUCAGCCGGCUGGACUUUCUCCCCGUCUAAUGGACAUGUUUUGGUUCGUGGCGGUACCACGUUCUUUGCUUUCUCUGCUUUACAGGCUGAAGCUCUUGCUUGUCUUCAUGCGUUAGAAGUGGUGGAUUCGUCUGCUUUCCAGGAUAUUUUUCUGUGCACGGAUUGUUUGACGUUAGCGCAGCUUCUUCAACGUCAGACAUCUGCUCCAAGGGAGCUUCAGCAGUUGGAGGAGAUGAUAGGUGGUCCAUUAUUGUCUGGCAGCAAAGAAACGGAACAAACGGAUUUGGAGUUGACCGCCGAAGAGGAGACGGUGGAAGAGAUGGGUGAGAGAAAAAACAGAGGAGCCAUGGUGACAGUCUAUCCCAAAGCAGCAGCAGAGGAAGAAGAUAAUCAACUAUCAGAAUUUCUCAUCCCAACCCACAAUCAGCCCUCCAAAAGAACUGGGACGAUAUGGACGGCAACAGCCCACAUAAUAACAGGUGUAGUAGGAGCCGGAGUUCUAUCACUGGCAUGGAGCACAGCCCAACUGGGUUGGGUCGCCGGUCCGUUAGCCAUUUUAGUACUUGCCGGAAUCUCUCUUUUCUCCACUUUCCUCCUCUGCGAUUGUUACAUGUCCCCUCAUCCCGAGUUUGGUCCCUUCCGAUUGACUUCCUUCACCGGAGCCGUCAAUUUCUACUUGGGGGAGAGGAUGGGAAGAAUAUGUAAAAUGGUUAUGCUGGAAACUUUAUAUGGAACAGGAGUAGCAUACACCAUCACAGCAACUAAGAGUGUUAGGGCAAUACAGAAAUCAAACUGUUACCACAGAGAAGGGCACAGUGCUAAUUGUGGGCAUGAUGACUCUAAAUUCAUGCUAAUCUUUGGGGCAGUCCAGAUUUUAAUGUCUCAAAUUCCAGAUUUUCAUAACAUGGCUUGGCUUUCUAUCAUUGCUGCUGCCAUGUCCUUCUCCUAUUCUUUCAUCGGUUUAGGGCUUGGCCUCGCCAAAAUUAUAGAAAAUGGAAAGAUCUUGGGGAGCAUUACUGGCAUUCCAUCAACCAGCACAGCAAAUAAGUUAUGGUUAGUUUUCCAGGCACUAGGAGAUAUUGCAUUUGCCUACCCCUACUCUAUAAUCCUUUUAGAAAUACAGGAUACUUUGAAGUCACCUCCUUCUGAGAACAAAACCAUGAAGAAAUCUUCAACGGCUUCAAUCAUCAUCACAACUUUCUUCUACAUGUGUUGCGGAUGCUUUGGAUACGCGGCCUUUGGUGAUCAAACCCCGGGAAACCUCCUCAAUGGAUUCGGCUUCUACGAGCCUUAUUGGCUCGUGGAUUUCGCUAAUGCUUGCAUUAUAUUGCACCUUGUUGGAGGCUAUCAGGUAUACAGCCAACCAAUGUUUGCAUUAGUGGAGAAAUGGUUCAAUUCGAAGUAUCCAAACAGCUCAUAUGCAAGGAAUUUAGUCCUGAAGCUGCCAAUGUUAGCUGGUUUUGAGUUGAAUAUAUUGAGGCUGUGGUUUAGAAGUGCGUAUGUUUUGUCCAUAACAGGAAUCUCAAUGUUAUUUCCUUACUUCAAUCAAGUUCUGGGAUUGCUGGGAGCCUUGAAUUUUUGGUGUCUUGCAGUAUAUUUCCCCCUACAAAUGUUCAUUGUGCAGAGAAAGAUCGAUUCUUGGACCAGGAAAUGGAUUCUUCUAAAGAUCUUCAGUUUUGUUUUGCUGGCCAUUUCAGUGAUGAGCUUGAUUGGUUCUGUAAAAGGACUCAUAAAUGCCAAAUUUGGCUGA